GGCAACAAGCAGUAUUCCUGACCACAACUUAUAACAUGCGUUAUCUAAUCCACGUCACGCUUCUACUCUCUUUUAUGCUUGCAACUGCAAGCUCUUCCUCCCUGUAUCAUGGGAAUGGGAACUACCUUUUCACCAAUCGUAAAAUGUCCAACAGUUUUCCCAAUCAGGAAGCCAUCAAUGAAUCCUAUGCAGUAGUCUUCGAUGCUGGAAGUACAGGAAGCCGUGUACAUGUCUUCCGUUUCAACCAGCGCUUAGAUCUCCUCCGUAUUGGGGAAGAUCUUGAACUUUUUGUUGCGACUGAACCAGGUUUGAGUGCAUACGAAAAGAAUCCACAAGAGGCAGCACAAUCUCUUGUUCCCCUUUUAGAGGAAGCAGAAAGUGUUGUUCCUGAAGAGUUGCAGCCCAGGACGCCCCUUCAACUUGGAGCAACUGCAGGUUUGAGGUUAUUGGAAGGGGAUGCUGCUGAAAAGAUCUUGGAAGCGGUUAGGGAUAUGUUCGAGAAGAACAGCACAUUUAAAGUUGAAUCCGAUGCAGUUUCAGUGUUGGGUGGAAGCCAAGAAGGAGCAUAUAUGUGGGUGGCUAUUAACUAUCUAUUGGGAAAAUUGGGAAAGCCAUAUUCAAAGACAGCAGCAGUAGUUGAUCUUGGUGGUGGAUCUGUUCAAAUGGCUUAUGCACUCUCAGAGAAAGAUGCUGAAAAGGCUCCAAAUGCUCCAGAUGGAACGGAUCCAUACAUAACGCAGACGUUCGUCAGCGGAAAGAAAUAUUAUCUCUAUGUUCACAGUUACUUGGGCUUUGGUCAACUAGCAGCUCGUGCCGGGGUUUUGAACAUCACUGCUGAUUCCAACAGUCCUUGUAUUUUAGCUGGCUUUAAUGGGAAUUACACAUAUAACGGAGUGGACUACAAUGCUUCAGCUCUUCCUUCCGGCUCAAGCUUUAGUAAAUGCAAACAAUUAGUUCUUAAGUCUCUCAAUGUUAAUGAGACAUGUACGCAUAAGAAUUGCACCUUCGGUGGGAUAUGGAACGGUGGAGGGGGAAAAGGACAAACUAACUUUUGGGUUGCCUCAUUUUUCUAUGAUAUGGCUAAGCAGGCUGGUUUUAUUGACUCAAACGCACCCAACGCCAAAGUUCGUCCUGUGGAUUUCAAGACUGCAGCAGAGCUAGCUUGUAAGACGACACUAAAAGACGUUAAAUCCACUUUUCCUCUUCUUGAGGAUAGGAACUUGCCUUAUAUAUGUCUAGAUCUUACAUACCAACAUACAUUGCUUGUUGAUGGAUUUGGCUUAGAUCCCUGGAAGGAGAUUACAUUGGUGACGCAAAUUGAGUAUCAAAAUUCUCUUGUGGGAGCAGCAUGGCCCUUAGGCACCGCCAUAGAAGCCGUAUCAUCGUUACCUAAAUUUGACAAAUUAGUGUACUUCAUUUAGGCUAACAUGAAGAGCCGUUUUUUGUAUGGACUCUUGAAUAAGAAUCGUUUCUUUCAUGAUUCCUGAAUUUCCUUCCAUUUACUGCCUUUU